UAGUUGGUCCCUGAGCGUCGCGUGAUAGAAAUUUGACGUUGGGUUAUCGGGGAGGUGCUGGUUUCCACCUUGCCUGAACGUUUUACACCACGAAGAUGCAGCCCGACAAGUUUGAGCAUGCGGCAGCGGGUGCGAUACGUAUUUCUGAAUACUUUAUGUCGAAUUCCAUACCACGCGACUUACGGCAACAACUAGGAACGCCCUGGAACCGCCUAAAAAGCCGCCGGACCAGCGCUUGACGCUUCUGCUGCACAGGCAUCCUUGGCAGCCCCGGCACCGCUAUUGCCACUCCCGCUCCUCCAACUGCCGGAUCAGAAUGGCCACCAUGAUGACGACGGAUGCGAGGUCGAGCUGUGGGGGUCGGCCACAAUGCCACGGACGCCCGCACGCUGCUGCCACACCGACCGGGCGAUCCAUGCCUCACCGAUGCAUGCCCAACUGUAAAAGGUUCGAGACGGGCGGCUGUCUAUUGCACCGCUGCCCCGGCGAAACACUCUACCUGGCAUAUGGCAGAUGACGGAUCAUAGGCCUCAGAAGGUUCGCAAGCGCCGCCUGCACGGGUGGCCCGUCUCUGCACCGACUCGCCCUAAAAAGCUGGUUGGACUACAGAAGAGUGGUUGGAAGGCGCCCGCAGGCGGCCAAAGGAUGCGCGCUCCUCCUUGCGCUUUCAUUAGGUUUUCGACCCCAUUCCUGCUGAUAUUUAUCGGCACACAUUGUGUCGCAUGGGGGGCCAAGCCGGGGGGCGAAUUGGCUGGUUAGCAACGCAUCAAAGUUAAGACGGCACAUCUGGGGCUGUUGGCCGCUUUCUAUGCGAGGAGGAUUGGAUUGACGAUGGGCAGCUCGAGCCAGGCGCCAACAGCCAGCGGCUAGGGUAUGGGCAUAGCUGGGUCUGGGAGGGAUGGAGUCGACAACUGUUUGGUACCAUGUGGGUGGUACCGAAUGUACCUAGGUAGGUAGGUACCUAGGCUAGGUACAUGCUUGGAUAUAUGGUGAAGGGAAAGGGAGAAGAAGAAAAAAAAAGUGCGCUCGAAUAGCUGCUAUAAGCAAGACAGCAGAAGAACGUUAAAGGCAUGGUUCGCAGGCUGCAAAGACCUUCGAUCGGUAAGGCUGGGAAGCGCUGGGUGGGGCCAGGGUUGGGAAUUUAGUUAGUCUAGUCCAGUGCCAAAUGGUGCGAUGAAUUUACUGCCUCGAAGGGGGGUGGCGUGGGCUACACACAAAACCAAAUUGCACUACACCUUAAAUUCGGGCGCGACAUCCCACCCUAGCACCAUCGGGGUUCUCGCUGUUCCCCGAAAUGCCCGGCUCGCACCAAGACGGCGGGAUCGCGGGCCACCUUCUCCGCGGGCCCGCCUCCUUCACCCCUUUUAAACCUCUAAUAGCCGGCUUCACUCUCCCCGCCGUCCGCAUGCGAAAUUGGCGCCGCGGCCCGGCCCGAGACACCGCUGGUGACAACAUCAGGUUGGGCCGCAACCUCUGGGAUCUCAUCUGGAUAAUGCCCUCGGUAAAUGCCAACUAUGAUAGCCUCUGGCUUGGGCUGUUUUGCGUCUCCUAUUACAGCCUACCAUAUCGCAAAAUGGAUAUCGUUUCCUUUCUCUUCGGCAUUUCUGGUGCUGCUGCCCAACCUUUUAUUGGCGCGAUAAUAAGAUGCGGGCGUAUAAGCUGCAGGAAGCUGGAUGUUAUUGGCAACGCCUUUUCAUCGGCUUGGUUUUUCCAAAAACCAAGCCCGGGGAAAAGGAGGAGUGCUAGCUCAAUAAUGUUGCAGCGUCUCGAGGGCACCUAUCACAGUACGAUCGCUUAUAUAAGGACCUUGCGGGUCGUAGCCCUCGAUACGACAACGUUCCCUAUUGCUUUGGUGUAA